AGAUAAUGUCUUAUACACGAGUGCCUGGAUGUUAGAUAGAUAAUGUCUCAUGCACGAGUGCCUGGAUGUUUGCUUGCUGGAGGUGUUUAUACGUCUCUAAUGGCUACACUCGCAUGUAGAUCCUGAAUUUAUACUUAACAUUCGUGUAUAGUCCACCAAGAUGCCUCUUAUUAUUUUGUGCGGAUUUCCAUCAAGUGGAAAAACUAAGAGGAGUUUGGAACUAAAGGAAUACUUAGAAAAUGAGAAAAAGAAAGCAGUUACCAUCGUGAGUGAGAAUGAUUUUCUCAAGAAGGAAAAAAAUGCUGUAUUUAGUGAUUCUAGGCGUGAGAAGGACCUAAGAGGGACCAUGAAAGCAGAGGUUAUAAGACUUUUGAAUAAAGAUGAUGUUACAAUAUUUGAUGCAGGGAAUUAUAUCAAAGGCUACAGAUAUGAAUUGUAUUGCGCAACAAAACACAACAAAACACCCCAUUGUAUUGUCCACUGUUUGGUCCCAACUGAACAAGCAUGGUCGUGGAAUGAAAAUCGAGUUGAGGAUGACCAGUAUACCCGUGAGAUUUUUGAUGGCCUUGUCAUGAGAUAUGAGGAACCUAAUAGCAAUAAUAGGUGGGAUUCACCAAUGUUUACUGUGUUACCGGAAGAUAAGCCCCAGUUUGAAAACAUUUUUGAAGCAAUAUAUCUACGUAAGCCUCCUCCACCUAAUCAGUCUACACAAACACAGCCAUUAUCAUCUACAAACUUUCUUUUUGAGCUCGAUCGGACAACGCAGGAAGUAACAGCAACAAUAAUGUCAGCUCAGAAAAUAGUAGGAGGAAGUGACGUCAGAAUCCCUGGAGUUACUGAACCAGUAAAUCUUGGAAGAAUGGUAAAUAUUCCUGUCUUCUCAUUUCAUUCUCAAUGAAACUUUUAGAAAUAC